AUGUCCAAGGCUAUGGAAGAAACGAAGGUUUCUAAAAGUAUAUUGAAGAAGUCCAGUGAUCAGGGACCUCAGAAAAGCUUCCAGUGGGAUGAAUCAAAUAUUCUAGCUACUUAUCAUCCCGCAGACAAGACGUAUGGUCAUAUGAAAAUUGAAGAACCAAAAACACCAUACGUUUUUGACUCUGAAGAUGGUUCUGCCACCAAUACUGGACCCUUAUUUACUCCAGAAGAUUUAGCGGCCAGGCUUUCUGCCGCUUCAAAGGAUCCUGAUCAGCAGCUGCCAAGUGCCACAAAACUCGACCAGGAAGAAGAUGAACAUCAGAGAAAAUUUCGUGAAAAACGGAAGCAACAUUACAACGAGUUUUUAGCCGUAAAGCUAGCUAAAGAAAGUCUACAAAAUGAUGACGAAGAAGGAGAAAAUAUUGAAAAAGAAGACGAAGAAGAUGAAGAAGUUGAACAUAAUGUUGAGCAGGCAAUUAUUAAUGCACGAUUAAAUGCUGAGAUUUCCCGUUUAAGUCGAAACACAGAGCAACCUAUCCCUAGUAUUUUGAGAAAUCAGAAUUCUUCAAGAUCUCACCUAUGA